GUUCCCGUGGGUGGCGUGGUGGAGUUUCACCCAGACCAGACUGGCGGAGGAGAUCAGCACGAAUAUAAUCUUUUGGGGAGAAAUUGAUUACUGUAUGGUGGUGGAUCGUUCCCUUUUUCAUAUGUUUUAAUCUGAAUCUGCCACUCUGCGUCUUAGACUGAAUCUUUUUGGUCUAGGAGUGGAGUGGAGUGGAGUGGAGUGGAGGACAGAUUCGAGGAACCGCAGGAGGAGCUCUCAGCAGUUCAGCAGGGACUGGAUUCUUUUUUUUUUUCCUGGUCGGUGAACUUCAGAGCACGUUUUUGGGGGGCUGCGAGGCUGCGAGGAAAGGACAGAGGAAGGAGAAAUGGCCGCUCAGGUGGAGACUCUCCUACCGAGCCACCCUCUGCUGAAGAAGGCCGAGGAGGAGCCCGAAGGCCCGCCGAAGAAGGAGCUCCAGCAGCCCGAGGGAGCCUGCGGGAGAGCCGGCCUCGAGCAGAGCCUGAAGCAGGAGAAGGAGAACGUGGAUCAGGAGAUGAUGAUGGUGGUGGAGUCCGGCACCAAGAGUGGACGAAGCGUGGAGGAGAGUGCGAAAAGGAGUAAAAAGGAGUUUACUGAAGCUCCUCCGCCCAAGGUGAACCCCUGGACUAAGAAGCUGAACGCGGUGACCGUGGUCAGCGUGAACGGACAACCGCACAACGAGCAAACUGGACCAGCCAAAGUGGUGAGAGCCGGAAACCCCAGAGCCAGGAGAGGAGGAAAGGUCGGUGAUUUUGGAGAUGCGAACAACUGGCCGACCCCCGGAGAGAUCGCCACGAAGGAAGUUCAGUCAUGGCGACCCCUGGUUCCUGUCACCACCACUGUAAAGACAUCUGAGGCUUUGUUCACUCAGCAGGCACCCAAGAAGGUGAUGGCGAAGAAAGAGUCGAAAGAGAAGCGAGAGAACGAGGAGAGCAAGGAGAACCAGAAGGCCAAAUCGGACGACUCUGGAGAGGAGAAGAACGGAGACGAGGACUCUCAGAAAAACGGACAGAAAAAGAAAGGAAAUAAACACAAGUGGGUUCCUCUGGUGAUCGACGUGAAGUCUGAGGGUCCCCGAGAGCGCUCGGCUUCCAGGAACAACGCACGCCAAGGAGAAGCUCCCAGAAUGCCCCACAACAACCGCAACAACCUCAGAGACUGGCACAGCGGGAAGUACGAGCACGAUUUCAGGGACGAUCAUGACGAAGUGUCCAGCGUGAAGAGUGAAGGGGCUCCGUUCAGAGGAGGGGGCUUCAGGGGCCGCGGCCGCGGGAGGGGAAGAGGAAGAGGCAGAGGAAGAGGAGGAAGCAGAGGCCACUACGACUAUCACUACGGCUAUAAGGCCUACGAGGGCAAAGACGGCGCCUACGGUCAGAAAUUCAGCAACACGGUGACCUAUUACUACGACAGCGUGAGCAGCACUGACCUUUACUCUGUGGAUCAGGACCUGCUGAAGGAUUACAUCAAGAGACAGAUUGAGUAUUAUUUCAGCGUGGAUAAUCUGGAGAGGGACUUCUUCUUGCGGAGGAAGAUGGAUCAGGAGGGUUUCCUGCCCGUCGCGCUCAUCGCCAGCUUCCACCGCGUCCAGGCUCUGACCACGGACAUCAACCUCAUCCUGGAGGCUUUGAAGGACAGCAAGGAAGUGGAGAUCAUCGAUAUGAAAAUCCGACGAAAGGAGGAGCCGGAGAAAUGGCCUCUGCCCGGGUUCUCCGUUCCAGAGCAUUCCCAGACGGAUUUCUCCCAGCUCAUCAACUGCCCGGAGUUUAUACCCCGGCGUGCUGUGGAGAAGCAGUUAGCUUCUCCGCGAGCGUCCACUCCAGAUCUGCCCAAACAGGAGGAUCUGAGCAACCUGAAGACGAUGCCUAAAGGUUUAUCGGCCAGUCUGCCUGACCUGGACUCGGAGUCCUGGAUCGAGGUGAAGAAGCGUCCCCGGCCCUCUCCAGCCAGACCAAAGAAGGCGGAUGAGUCCCGUUCUCCGGUCCAGACUGGCCCGGCACCUCCAGACCUUCAGGACGAACCGGAGGAGCUGGACUUCAUGUUCGAUGAGGAGAUGGAGCAGAUAGACGGCCGGAGGAACACAUUCACGGACUGGUCAGACGAGGAUUCGGAUGGAGAGAUCGACGACCGAGACGUCAACAAGAUUCUCAUAGUCACCCAGACGCCGCCGUACCUACGGAAACACCCCGGCGGAGACCGGACCGGAAACCACGUCUCGCGCUCCAAACUGACCAGUGAGCUGGCCAAGGUUAUUAACGACGGCCUGUUCUACUACGAGCAGGACCUGUGGCAUGACAUCUACGAGCCCGAGUACGCCACCAUUAAGCAAGAGGUGGAGAACUUCAAGAAGGUCCACCUGAUCAGCCGUGAGCAGUUUGACUGUCUGACCCCGGAGCCUCCGGUCGAUCCGAAUCAGGAGGUGCCCCCCGGACCCCCGCGGCCGCAGCACAUCCCCACAGACGCUCUGGCCAAUAAGCUAUUUGGAGCUCCAGAGCCGUCGACAAUCGCCCGCUCGCUGCCCACCGCCGUGCCCGACUCUCCGAGCUACCGCAGCGCCCGCACACCUCGCACGCCCCGCACGCCCCACCUCAGAGACCCCACACACACACCGCGCUUCUACCCCGUCGUCAAGGAGGGGCGACCUGUUGACGCCAAGACGCCACGUAAGAGGAAGACGAGGCACAGCUCGAACCCGCCGAUGGAGUGUCACGUGGGCUGGGUGAUGGACUCAAGAGAACAUCGUUCACGCACAGCAUCAGUCAGUUCUAACGCCAGUCCGUCAGAAGGCACCCCCGCGCUGAGUAAUUUCGGCUGCACCCCCCAAUCUCUGCCCAAAUUCCAGCACCCCUCCCACGAGCUGCUGAAGGAGAACGGCUUCACCCAACACGUCUACCACAAAUACCGCCGGCGCUGCCUCAACGAACGAAAGCGUCUGGGUAUCGGUCAGUCUCAGGAGAUGAACACGCUCUUCCGCUUCUGGUCAUUUUUCCUGCGGGAUCACUUCAACAGGAAGAUGUACGAGGAGUUCAGGCAGCUGGCCAUUGAGGAUGGAAAGGAAGGAUACAGAUACGGUCUGGAGUGUCUCUUCAGGUAUUACAGCUACGGUUUGGAGAGAAAGUUUAGGCCGGAUAUAUUUAAAGACUUCCAGGAGGAGACCAUGAGGGACUAUGAAGCAGGUCAGCUGUACGGACUUGAGAAGUUCUGGGCAUUUCUCAAGUAUUCCAAGGCAAAGACCUUGGAGAUCGACCCCAAGCUGCAGGAGUGCUUAAGCAAAUUCAGACGUCUAGAAGACUUCAGAGUGGAUCCCCCUAUAGAGGAUGGUGGUCAUAAGAGGCUCUCCGGUGGAGAUGGACGUCGUCGGCACCCCUCUGGCCGGACCCACAGCCAGGGCGCCGCUGGUCCUUCAGCGCCCCCCAGAGACGAGGCCAAAAACGCCAGCCAGAGAGCCGCCGACACAAAGCCACCAAAGUAACCGCCAACCCAACCGCCCACUACCCACAAUCCCUCUGACCACGGGGUCCAACCGGCACCGCAAGCAUGAAAAACUCUGACAAAUGGCUUGUGAAAAAAAACAAAAUCAAGGCUCUUCCAUUAUUAUUGUUUUGGUUUUUUUAUUUUUUGUUUUGUUUUGGUUUUUUCUCCCCACUUUUACAUCCGAAAGCCCUUGUUUUGGUUUGAGACCGAGAGACUACUGAAGGGAUAAGAAAUUGUUCCGUUCUUAAUUUUUAUUAUAAUAAUAAUUAUUAUUAUUACCUUUUUUCUUUUCCCCUCUACACCUUAUUUUAUUUCCCUGUGGUGCCGUAGCUGGAUGGACCGCAGCAUCGUCAGUGGCCCCAUGGUUUUUUCAUUAUUUUUAUUAUCCCCCUCAUCUGACCCCGUGUGAUUGGCUGAAAGAUGGCU